AUGGCAGCGGAUAAUCCGAACACAAUUGCAGCAGCGUUAGAUUUAAGACGAUGGACAACUACUCUGUCUGGAGCUUCCUUACCGAAGAUUUCCAUUAAGAAUAUGCUGAAAAACCGUGAAAUAGGUAGACGUGGAAGGCCAGCAAGUCAUCGCCUAUUGUCCUCUAUGCCAAAUACAUCCAGUGCUUCUGAAUGCCCAAUAAGUUAUCACGCAUCGUCUAUGCCAAAUACAUCCGCUGCUUUCACACUGAGUGAGAAAGCUAACCUUGUCAAUAGGUCAGUAGUUCAUCUGAAGUUCAAUAUCGAUCGGCUUAAUUCGGGAUUAUUCCGUUGCAUACAUUUGCCUGACGAGAAGCUUAUUGGUAUAGGCCAAGAAAAAAAUUUACGCCUUUAUGUCCGUCGGCCACCAUACUAUAAAUUUUCGUAUGAAACUCAUGUUCCGGAUGAUGGGUUUAUUACGGAUUUUGUUUGUAAUGCAAGAGUUUUUUACUGUUCUCUUGAUGAAAUUGACGAAGGAAUAUUGCAAUGGCAUAGACUUCAACCCGAACGAGGAACUUUAUUAAGAAGACGAGAAGCAUAUUUUUCUAUUAGUUACACUAUGGAUGAUCAACAUUUUGUAAUUGGAAGAGCAGGCGGUUAUAUAAGCAUUGUUGGUACAGAUGAACCUACUCAUUAUUCAUUUGAGGCUCAUGAAAAUGACAUUAAAGCUAUUUGUUGCUCUAAGGUUAAUCCGAGCAUUUUUUAUAGCGGAUGUAGUAAUGGUUUUUGCAAGAUGUGGGAUUACCGCACGCCGAAUAAUUGCAUUCCUCUUGCAACAUCCACUGGAAAUGAUUAUAGCAUUACACAUAUCGAUAGUGACAGCUAUGAUAGAUAUAUUGUAACAACUUCUGGUAGAGUGAAAUUUAAUAUAUGGGAUGUGCGACGAUUUUCUGAGAAUAUCUCAUUUAAUAUGCAACAGCGGCAGAGAACAAAUUUAUUGGAUGAAAUUUCAUACUUCGAUAAAGGUCGUCAUUAUACAUGA